UAAAAUUAUAUUUUUCUUUUAUAGGCGAAGAUUUAUGGCGUUGGCAAUCGAAUAAUCCAAAUGGAUUUCAAUAGAAUCUCAUACAUAGUAUUAAUUUAAUACAUCUGUAGAAGUUAAAUUUAAAAAAAAAGAGAAUCUCUUUCUAUCUAUAAACGCAUUUAGUCAAUAUUUACAUCUACUUAUUUAUGAUGUUUUAGAUGAGUAAUAUUUACAUUCAAGAGCCAGCUACUCGUGGCAAAGUUGUUUUAGAUACAACUGUUGGUGAUAUUGAAAUUGUACGGAAUUUUGUGUCUUCUUUUUUUUUUUACAAACGGCACUACAAAAGUUUUUUUUUCAUCAAGUCUUAGUUCUAGAUGUUCGAUCGACAUAUAAUUUCAUAUGAUUUUGUACACCGAAUCCCUUUAGUCUUCUUAUUCUGUAUUUUUAAUAACUAGAACAUUGAACUUAUUACGAAAUAUCCAAUCUCAAUUGCAACAUGUUCACCUAUGUAACUAAUCGGAAUGAAAUAGAAGAAUAAGAUAUUUUAGAAAGUUUAGAAGUUCAACAAUUGAUCUCAAUGCACAACAUUUGGGAAAGUCGGACUAAUCAAAAGAAACACUUUUGUAGUGCCCUAUAUAAUAAAUGUGAAAUAGUAAUAUGUUUUUUUUUGUUUUUUAGGAACUUUUCUCUAAAGAAUGCCCAUUAUGGUUAUUAUGAUGGUACAGUUUUUCAUCGAGUUGUACCAAAUUUUAUUGCACAAGGUGGUGAUCCAACUGGAACAGGUGAAGGAGGUGAAUCAGCAACUGGACCAAAUACUAAUGCUAGUCAAUUCUUUUUUACUUUGGGUAGUACUCCAGAACUUGAUAAAAAGAAUACAUUAUUUGGCAAAGUUGUUGGUAAUACAUUAUUUAAUAUGUUGAAAUUAGGUGAAGGAGAAAUUAUUGGUGAAAUACCAGUACAUAAACAUAAAAUAAUUAAAGCAGAAAUUAUAUCAAAUCCAUUUGAUAAUAUGGUAUCUCGACAUCGAGCUAAAUCACAAAUGAUUGAUGAUGAUAAUGAUGAAAUAAAUAAAAAGUCGAAAGAAACUGUACAAGCUAAAGCAAUCAAAAAUUAUGGUCUUCUUUCAUUUGGAAAUGAAGCUGAAAAUGAUGAAGAAGAAAUAACAAAAAUUUCAAUGACAUUCAAACAAAAAGGAACGGGAAAAAGUGCACAUGAUUUAACUAAUGAUUCAACAUUAAGUAAAAAUACAGUUGUAUUAAAUGAAAAUAAUGAAGAAAGUGAUGAAGAAUUACCUAUAGAAAAACAAAAUUUUAAAAUAAAAGAAAAAAGUGAUCCAGAUUUUGAUAAAGAAGAACUUGAUCGAGUACGACAAAAAUUUAAUGUAAAAAAAUUAGCUCAGCAAGAAAAGAAGAAAAAAACACUUCAACUUGGUAUUGAUGAUGAUGAUGAUAAUCAAAAAGAAUUUCAUCAACAAAAUCGUAAAUAUCAAAUACAACAAAAAUAUUUUGAUUGA